AUGCCGGUGGACGAGCCACUCGAGUACAACACGCUGAGCUACGUCUGGGGCUCCAAUGAGAAGACCAAGCUCAUCAAGAUCGGGCACUGCCUAGUGCCCAUCACGGCCAAUUUGGACCUAGCAUUGCGUCGCUUCAGGGCUCAGAGGACGAAUGGAGUGAUUUGGACGGACGCAAUCUGCAUCAACCAGGCUGACAUGACCGAGAAGGCAGCGCAAGUUACUAUGAUGCGCGACAUAUACAAAAACUCACAUAUGACUUAUAUCUAUGUCGGUGAAUAUGAGGACGACGUGCGGGUUGACCUGUUCGCGAAGCAGAUAACCUCGAAUCAGCUCGGUACAGACGAGGAGAAUAGACUUGCGGGCAUCGCGGUGCAGACUUUCAUGAAUCAACCUUGGUUCUCACGAACGUGGGUUAUUCAAGAAGUGGCCGCCAGUGCACUAUCGAUCAUCAUGUUUGGCGACACAACCAUAGAAUUCAAGCUGCUGCGGGACAGGCUCAACCUCACCACCGGGACGGCCAGCAUGCAUGAUGAUCCCUUCAUUACCUCACUUGGCCAGAUUCGCCAAACGAAACUCAUCGCCCGAAAUUUCAAGCCGGCGCACAUGGCCAACGGCCGGCGAUUCUGGUUGGAGAGGCAGUUUGGGAACCAGCCAGAGAAGCAAGAGCAGUUCAAGAAGAUUCAGGAAUACUUUGACGCCAACUUCAAGCCCUUUCCGUACCCUUUGCUUGACUUACUAGAGAGUUUCCGCAAUCGAGAAUCGACCGACCCGCGUGACAAGAUAUAUGCCCUGCUAGGACUGGCAACGGAUAUUACUUAUACGCAUGACGGAGAGACGGCGGAAAUCAAGGGUCAAAAGAAUGCUGACCCUCCUCAGCCUGACUACUCAAAGAGUGUCUCCGAUGUCUACUACGAAUACGCCUGCUUCUUCAUCGAAAGCGGUCAAUGGUGCGAUGUACUACAUUCAGCGGCUUUGAACCGUCUUGGGAAUACCAGGCUUGCGGAUCUCCCAUCCUGGGUUCCCGAUUGGACAUCAUCUAGGUCCGGCGUACAGUCAAAACGCUUCAAUGAGCUAUUUGGACAAUACUUGUAUCAUGCAGGUGGGUUGGACGGGGAGGCUCAGGUAUAUGUCGAUAGAGACAAAAAAUCUUUAUGCGUAAAUGCCGCCAUUAUAGACUCUGUGGCAUACAUUUCAGAGCCUUGGACCCUUGGUGAGCCUCGUGACGGCCUCAUCAUGCAAACUCUCGACGCCUUAAUUGCCAAUAAAGCAUACUGUCAGAAUGGAAAACAUGAGGGACCUGCACCGUUCACGAUCCGAGAUGCUAUCCUUCACAACGCCCUGAAUUUUGUCACAGAUUGUGAAGACUGUGUAAAGAACGUCCCGUUGUGGCUACAGUGCAUCGCCGUCGCCAUGGUCUUCAAGUACACUCGCUUCUCGCUCAGCAUUGCUGAUGAAUCCCGAUCUCAAUAUUUUGAGCUGUCGAAUCACUGUUGGCAGAUGUUCAGGGAAGGACAGACUGACAAUCUGAGGGAUCCGAUUGAGCAAGCCUUCCAGAAUGUAUUUGAUCCCGAGCCAUUUCUGGACUGCCCAGAGGUGAAACUCCUGCCCGACCGGGAGUACGUGCACGAGGUCAUCGCACACCGAAGAUUUUGCAUCACAGAGAAUGGUCGCAUUGGGCUUGUUCCUUUGCACGCCGAGGUUGCGGAUGUCAUAUGCAUCGUCAGAGGCGGCACAACGCCUUAUAUCAUUCGUCCUGAUGAGGAGGACUGGUGUUAUAUAGGGGACUCUUACGUCAGAGGUGUUAUGCGAGGCGAGAUGCUUCAAUCAGAAGAGUUUGAAGCGAUGAAGCUUUUUCUCAAUUAG